AUCCUCGCUGUCUGCUCCGCUGCCUGGGAGAACACGGAACCAACGCACAGUGCUGCAUCUCUGUACGGACGUCUUCUGAAGCACUCAUGGUUUUUUUGGACCGACCAGUGUUUUAGUUGUCGUUAAUUAUGUUCCGCUUGCGGGUGUUGUCCGCCGUUUCGGUGGGUCUAACGCAGCUGUCCCGCUGCUACCACAGUGGAGCCGCACGAGGGACUGGCCGGAGGAGGCUGAUGCUGGCUGCCCUGGCUGGGGUGACCGGUGUGGCUGCUAGUACUGGAAUACUUUGGAAAAGAGCCUACGCUGAUGUGGGGCCCUCGGUUCGACACUCGACGCAGCCGGUGGACGAGAAAGCCAUUUUUGGGAGAGACGCCGAAACGGAGGCGGAGAAAUCGGUGGAGUCCAGCUCCGAAGAAGCAAAAAAUGAAGGCGAAGAGGGGAAAAAGAAGAAGCCCCGCUCAGGAUUCCGAGACCGCAAGGUGAUGGAGUACGAGAACAGAAUAAGGGCCUACUCCACUCCAGACAAAAUUUUCCGUUACUUCGCCACACUGAAGGUCAUCAACGAGAACGGCGACGCCGAGGUCUACAUGACGCCCCAGGACUUCAUACGCUCCAUCACACCCAAUGAGAAACAGCCUGAGAAUCUUGGUCUGGAUCAGUUUAUUGUGAAGCGCUACGAUGGGAAGGACUUCUGGCAGACGGAGAAAAUAGCCCAGGAGCGWGAGAAGUUUGCAGAUGAAGACAGCAUAUUUUACACAUUAGGAGAAUGUGGUCUGAUCUCCUUCUCUGACUACAUCUUCCUCACCACCGUGCUGUCCACUCCCCAGAGGAACUUCGAAAUUGCCUUCAAGAUGUUUGACCUGAACGGAGAUGGAGAGGUGGACCUAGAAGAGUUCGAGCAGGUCCAGAGCAUCAUUCGAUCUCAGACCAGUAUGGGUAUGCGACACCGCGACCGCUCCACCACAGGAAACACCCUGAAGACGGCCGGCUGCAGCUCUGCUCUCACCACCUACUUCUUUGGACAGGACCUGAAGGGAAAACUCACUAUUGGCAGCUUCCUGGAGUUUCAGAGAAAACUGCAACACGAUGUGCUCAAACUAGAGUUUGAGAGGAACGACCCGGUGGACGGCCGGAUCACAGAGAGACAGUUUGGGGGCAUGCUGCUGGCAUACAGCGGCGUCCAGUCUCGUAAACUCAAGCUGAUGCAGAAGGGCUUGAAGAAGAUGUUUAAGGAUGCCCAGGGAAUCACUUUYGAAGAGUUGGAGAACUUCUUUACUUUCCUAAAGAACGUGAAUGAUGUGGACACAGCCCUGAGUUUCUACCACAUGGCUGGAGCCUCGAUAGACAAAG